UUUUCUAAGUUUCAUUGCGGAGUUGGGACUUGGGUCAUAAAUUUUGUGUAAAAUUUAUGUUUAUUCCAUCAGUAUCCAUAAAUAUUCGGGCUAUUUUAUAAUAAAUGAUGUGAUGUUCGAUGUUUAACGUUCAUAUAAUGGCCAUAGAAACGUUAUGUUGGUGCUGAUAUCCGUGUGAAAAGUUGUAACUGUGUUGGAAUGAUUGUUAUCAUAUUUAGAUGUAUUUUCAACAAAUCAUGUGGAUUUUAUAUAAUUUAAUUAUGUAUCAUACCCUAUUACACUUAAUUUAGUGUUCAUUAAGGCUUCUUUGUGUAAAUAGAAGCGUAACAAGACUGAAUUUCGUCGACCCAGUAACGCAUAGUAGGCUACAAUGAAUGAGAAAAAAAGGCUAGUGCAGAAUUUCAAGAGUUACAUCAACGUAUCACCUAAGAAUAAUGGGGAAAAGAAUGGAUCACUCCAAGAAGUAAAACCAAAGUUAUUAAAUGGCGAGCUGAUAGUGGGCGCGGCGCACAGCGUGAUCAUGCUGACGCCGCUCAGCGAGUGGGACCAGGGCCGGUUCGGGUCGCUGUUCGUCACCAACUACAAGCUGUCCUUCGUACCGCUGGAGAGCUCGCCCAACGAUGAGUACUGCCAGCGUAACUUCCUGCUCGGCACAUACGAUGUGCCGCUCACAGCUGUAGGCGCCGUGUGGCUCACGGACGGCGGCCCUUCGAAGCGCCGGCGGCUCAUGCCCUACGGGGAUAUGCCGGGCAAAGUCAAGGGGCUGCAGAUUGUGUGCAAGAACAUGAAAGUCCUACUCUUCAGCUUCGUCAACUCCCCCAUAGACAACGGCCGCAAAGUGGCCAUGGCGCUAAUGCACCACGCCUUCCCCAAACGGCACGAUCUCCUCUUCGCGUACGAGUACAAAGAGCCAUACUACCCCACCCUCCCCAACGACUUAAAUAUGUUCCAAAGACCGAGCGACUGGAAGAGAGAGCUGGAAAGAUGCGAAUGCGUUCAUUGGAGGAUUACUUGUAUAAAUGGGACUUCGGAUGCGUUCAUGUUGACGGCUGGGGAGACGUUGAUAGUGCCCAGUUCGGUGUUAGAUUAUAACCUCAUGGAGACUGCAAGGCAUUUUAGGUCGGGCAGAGUGCCCGUUUGGGUUUGGGGAAGGCCCGAGGGUGCAGCGUUGUUGCGAAGCGGGGAAUUACUGCAGACUGAACAGUCGGCUUCGACGGAGAGCGUGCUUUUGGAACAAGUCAGAAGAUCUCACCCGAAGCUGACGCCGCCCUACGUCAUAUACCUGUGCGGCAACUCGUAUUCCAACAAUACGAGCGCCGUGCUGCCCCCAUUAGCCACGCUGCAGUCUUCCUACAAAAAACUAGUCGAGUUGUGCACGCCUACAACGCUGUCGGCGUUUUGGAUGCAAGACUCGCAAUACUACACGUACCUGGAGUCGAGCCGGUGGCUGCGCUACGUGGCCAACUGCCUCGCGUUCGCCAACGACGCGGCUGCGCAUCUAGCUGACAAUGUCACCACAGUGUUACAAGAAGGCGAUGGCGUGGACUACUGCGCGGUGGUGUCGUGCCUGACGCAGCUGCUGCUGGACCCGCACUGCCGCAGCAUCGCCGGCUUCCAGUCGCUCGUGCAGAAGGAGUGGCUCGCGCUCGGACACCCCUUCUGCGACAGGCUUGGGCUCCCUCGUCCCGGCAGUCCCAAAGAGAGCAAAGAAACCAGCGCGGCGCAGACUGCUCCAGUAUUCCUUCUGUUCCUGGACUGCGUGUGGCAGCUGACGCAACAGUUCCCGGCAGCCUUUGCCUUCAGCGAGACGUAUCUGACCACGCUGUGGGACUGCGUGCAUAAUCAUCUGUUUGACACGUUCCUGUUUAACUGCCCUAGGGAUAGGGAGCUGGCUGUUGGCAAGAGCCUGAUCCAGCGGCCGGUGUGGGACUGGGGCGAGCAGUUUUCGGACGCGGACCGCGCGCUAUUCCACAACCCGCUGUAUGGAGUUUCUUCGCUUGCUGCGCCCGCGCACAGGAUGGCUGGUGCGUCACAGCCGUCGCGGCUAGACAGGUUGGAGCCGUGCUGCUGCGUGGCGGGCGUGGAGCUGUGGGCCGUGUGCUACGAGCGCUGGCUCGCGCCGCUCGACGUGCCCGGCCAGGGCGCCGUGCAGGCGCACGUCAGGCACGCCAGCACACGCCACCAGAUCAACCAGCUAACCGAGAAGCUGAAUUCCCUCUCGAUCCUCAACAACCGACAAUCAGUAUCAGAAGAGGCGGCGCCGUCGCCUCCUCCACUAGUGCCACGAUUCUUUCCCUUCAGCGUGGGGCGCUCCGCCCUGCCUGCCGCGCCGCCCGCCUCUGCCUUCGACGCGGGACAAUUGUUGGACUCGCAGUCGCUGCUGAACGCGCCCGAUUAACAUGUAAAGGGAGGUGAGAUGAUAAAUCAAUGGCGGUUUGACGGGUGGGAGUAGCUUGACUGGAAAUAUAAAUAAAAAGUAUUUAUUUGACAUGAACACAGGAAAUUACAAAUGAACAAAGAUAGGUGAGAUUGGAUGCCGGUAAUUUAUGAGUUCUGAAAAUAUUAGCUGUCUUAAAUUGAUCAGUUGUUGUUUUUUGAUCAGUUCCAAAAAUGUUAACUGCGAGUAAGUCAUAAUAAUGUCUUGAGCAAAAUGGAUGGCAAAUAGGAAAUAUUUGGUUUGGUUAGGUUUAAUUUUCACCAGCCAAACUUUAUAGCACUUUUGUGUUGGCGAAACACUAGCAAUUGAUUCAUCCAUUAACGUGUAAACAGUUCUAGAAAUGUUAGAGUGAUACUACAUUUCUGGAGUUGAUUUGCUAUCAAGUACGUAGUUGACAUUUUUGGAACUCUAUUAUCUUGCGAAGUUGCGAUAGUUAACUAAUUUUGGAAAUCUUAAUCCAUGGUCAAGUUCUAACUUUCACCAGCCAAAUCCAGUAGUAGUAUUUUUGUCACGAUGCUAAAUAACUUUAGUUGUGAUUUCGUCAUAAACUGUUUCGAUGUAUAAAUCUUUUAAACGAUUGUGUUGUGCUCUUUUAGUUAGGUCUUCUCUAGCUAGAUAAAGUACUGGCGACACAAUAUGCGUUCAGUGAGAUACGUAAAUGGCUUACACGCCAUUCAAUAUUACGUAAAUGUAUCAACAUUUUACAUAACGGGCCUACGGGAGCUCCUUGCGACACACCCUAUUAGUUGUCCCGUUAUUAAAAAGCGAAAUACUUCCAUUUUAAACUAUAAAAGAUGUUUUCCUGCUUGAUAAUUAUACAUAUUAGUAUUUGACUAUACAUGGCGAAUAAUUGCCCGUGCACUAGUUAAUGCAUUUUCAGUUUUGUAAGAUUUUUAUGAAUAAUUCAGUCUUUCUGAAAAUAUUUUCACAUUAUAUUUAUGUAAAAAAAUAGCCUUUAUUUAUAAGAUGUACAUAUAUUAGAAAUAGUAAUUGCUUGAUUGUAAAACGAACAUUUUAAAUAGUAAGUUAUUUUUAGUAAGUUAUAUUUAAAAGGAAUUGAUUCAAUAUAUUCCGUAGAACAAAGUAGUGAUAUUUUUUUAUAAAUAUGUAUGUAUUGUAAAUUCUAUGAAAAUAGUACAUGGUAUAACCAUUUAUUUUUUCUAAGACGGAGUAAAUUAUUUUUUAAAAUCGAAGUAUAAUUUUAACAAUUGAAGGUAUUUCUAAAAGCCAUUCCAGUAGAAACUAAAAAUGAUUUGAAAGAAAAUUUAAUAAAUAUUGCGUAUUUGAAUGAGCUAUAAUUUAAUUAGUAGAAAAACCUUCCUUUAGCAUGUGUAAUGUAAAUCUGGAUACCUAGUUACCAAUACGGUAAUAAUGUUUGUGUGUGUAUUAAAGUUUAUGGUCACAAUUUACUCUACGUAGCUUAUGACAUACGACCACAUAGAAUCAUAGGCGGUAUACCAUGUAAUUGAUCCCAAUCUAUUCUGUUACCACUACUUCUAAUGUUGUAUUUAUUUCCUUUGUACAGAUACCAAAAUCAGUAAGUUAUUUUAAUUGUUGUUGUAAAUAUGGCAGCUCCAAGUUAUUCACGUUUUAUUGUUCUUCGUAACUGAUAUUUAUACAGAUUUUAGCACCAUUUUGUAUUUCAUAUCGCGUCGUUUAUAUUGCAAUGCAAAUAGUUUAUAUCUUUGUUUUAUAACUUCAAGUUAUUACGUGUCUUGGAACACACGAGGACUGAUAAAAUAAAGAUAAGUGGGUGUAAAAAGUUUUCAUUAGUAAAGUAGGAUUACAUUUCUUGUCUACUUCGGUUUGUUGAGCUUCCUCUCCACGGUAUGAGCUACAAAUUACUCCAUGAUCUACUUACAAAAUUUCAUGUUGGCAAAAAUAGCGUCUUGACGAUUAUUUGGUUCAGGAUUUUAUUUUCAAGAAUUGUAACCGUUAUUGCCUUAGUGUGACUGAGAAACUAGUAAAUUAGGUAGUUUUUUCUUGACAUAAAUAACUAAAUUCCGCAUGCCGAUAUUUAGACUAAAUCUGCCUAAAGUACACGCAGUAAUUUCUUCCAGUCUUGAUCUUGGUUGUAUUUUCUCUAAUCUAGAAGUUUGUUUAGACAAAUAUUUUACCUAGCAAGAUAAAAUGCCCCAAACCAGAAGCUAACCAUUGUCGUACUAAAGUAUUAAACCACUCAUUUAUUUUAACUCGCCCAAUACGUUUUGAUAUAAAUAUCUUUCAACUACCCGCCAUUGGACGAAUUGAAAUAACUGAGUGAAUUGUUGACUUGUUACGUUUAGUGUAUAGUGUAAUAUUGUAAGAGUAAGUCAAUUGUAAUUAUUAUAUUGGUUUAAUAAUAAUUUUACGAACUGUUAUAUGAUUAAUAUAUACAAGCGAAGGUAUGCUUUUGUGACUAAUAUCAUUCGUCUCAGCCAUGGUAAUUUGUCGUGCCAUCCCAUUGAAUAGGAUGUCGGUUAUGUCCAGUCUAGGAUCCCAGUGUUAAUGGCGUAGUCCCAGUUCCACCCACGUAGCGUCUCAAUGCCUGUUGUUAAGUGUACCUGACAACGUGAAAUGCAAAAUGUUCAAACAUGAGAAAUAAAUGCGGUAUUAUUGAAA